AUGUUUCACAAAGUAGCACCAUUUCGACGCAAACGCAGCGAUGAUGCUUCCUCGAGAGGGGAGGAAACUCAUUCCACCGCUCGAGGGUCCAACCCAGCCUCAUCACGCGACUCCCAGUUUUUAUAUGCGACCGAUGCUGACGAAUACCCGACCUCGACGACCUCCAGGCACCCGAGUCUACUUGAUUCGCCAUGGGACCCAGCGUCCUCGGGACCACUUGGUCUGAAUGUUGUCUAUACACCAGAGCAGGGGCAGAAGGCAGACAUUGUAUUCAUCCAUGGCCUUGGUGGCACUAGCCGGGCAACGUGGACGAAGGACAAAAAUCCAGAUCUGUUUUGGCCGCUUACAUUUUUGGCCAUGGACCCCGAUCUAUGCGUCGCCAGGAUAAUGACGUUUGGCUACGACGCAAGCUUUCGCAAGCAUAACAAUCCUCAAGCUACUUUACGAGAUUUCGCCAAAGAGCUGCUCUUUGAUCUAGCAGAAAGAAGCCAACUCAAGAUCGGCGAGGUCCCCUUGAUCUUUGUUGUGCAUAGCAUGGGUGGUCUCAUAGUGAAGGAGGCAUAUAUGUAUGGCCAAACAGACCCUGCCUAUGAGCACAUUAUUCGGUCCAUCGCAGCCAUAACUUUUCUGGCCACGCCGCACCGUGGAACAAAUUUUGCGCAAAUCUUGAAUCGAAUCCUACAGUCGGGGUCAUUGUCAAAAGCAUAUAUCACAGAGCUUUCAGGCAACGCACACGGGUUAAAGAACUUGAAUGAUUCGUUUCGCAACGUUGUCUCCAGGCUUGACAUAGCCUCCUUCUAUGAGACGCACCCCACCUCUAUUGGAUUCAAAAAAGCGCGUGUUCUCGUUUUGGAGAAGGAAUCGUCGGUUCUGGGAUUUCCUGGCGAGAAAUCUCGUGCCUUGGCCGCAGAUCACCAGGGCAUAUGCAAAUACGAUAGCCCUGAAGAUCCAAACUAUAUCAGUGUACGAAACACUCUAUGGAAUAUGACGCGGAAGAUUAUCAACAGAAAUGCAACGGUCCAGCGUCCCGCGACAGCCCGACGUCCUUCUCAUGAUCUGAAGGACAUACUGGGUAUUCAGAAUCUACCGACGGCCGAUUUUAAUUUUUUCCAAGAUCAGUGGUCUCAAGGUACUAGCUCUUGGAUUCAUGAACACCCAGAGUUUCUACAAUGGCGAACAGACCAGACAUCUGCAGCCACUGUGCUGUGGAUAAACGGUAGCCCAGGAACAGGCAAGUCAGUGCUUUCGUCCUACAUCAUCAACACAUUGGUGUUCGAGGAUAUCGACUGUCACUAUUUUUAUAUAAGAUUCGGCGAUCGGUUAAAAAGAAGUGUUGGGCCACUUUUGCGGUCUUUGGCCUACCAGGUAGCUCUUGUCAAGCCCGAGUUUCACGAUGCAUUGCUCGAGCUGGCAGAGGAGGGCAUUCAGUUUCCUUCCGCUGAUUCACGGACCAUCUGGGAUAGAAUUUUCAAGUCCGGCCUCUUUCGCAUGGAUAUCAAGGAGCCUCUAUUUUGGAUUAUAGAUGGACUUGACGAAGCUGAUGAUCCCAAAGUUCUGAUUCGCCUUUUGGGAGAGAUACCCGCUCAUGUCCCCAUCCGUAUCCUGAUCGCAGCGCGAAAGACCCCUGAGAUGGACACAAACUUCAAUCGCUUGUCACAAGCGCAUAAAACAAGACAUAUUGAUAUAGAUAUGCAAAGACAAGACUUGCAUCAUUUCAUCAACCAAGAGCUUGACAUUCCUGGCUCGGCUGAGUUUCGAGAGAAUAUUGUCGAGCGCUUGGUGCAAGGUUCCCAGAACAACUUUUUGUGGGUGCGACUUGCCAUGGAGAGGAUUCAUAACUCCAAUUUCGAGAAUGAUAUCGAGGUUGCAUUGCAGGAGCUCCCUGUCGGCAUGGAAGCGCUAUACGACCGAAUGGCUGCCAACGUGGCUGCAAUCGGUUCUGAUAGCGCCAAAAAUUUGGCCAUGUCUAUUCUCUACGUCGUUUGCUGUUCCAAAAGAGUCCUUCUUCUGACAGAGCUGACGAAAGCGGUGGGUGAUGCCUUUGCCGGUGUCAUUGACCCCCAUCGCGCCAUUGUCGAGUUGUGUGGAGGUUUUGUUGUCGUGGACAAUGAAGGUCGUGUAUCAUUGGUACACAAGACCGGCCACAUCGCCCAGCUCAAGAACCAGAUUUUACAGAACUUGUUCGACAGCUGGGCCACAGAUUUGAUCAAGAUUGCAGCGAAAUUUGGCAACGCAUUGCGUCACAACCCAGAUUCUAUCUACCACAUGAUUCCGCCAAUGUGCCCACACACUUCUUCCAUUUAUCAACAAUUCGGCAAAACAGAGUCCAAAACUUUGCUCGUUCUCAGCCGAGCAUCCCAAACAUGGGAUGAUAGCCUGGCCAAGAUAUCAUUCGGUGGCGACAUAUUUGCUUCCGGCAUUGCAGCCAAUGGUCCCGUUCUGGCCGUUUUAUCAGGUAGCGGAAAAGUUUUCGUCUAUGACAGUCAGACAUUUGAAGAGCUGCCAGCAAGUCCGAUAGACCAUGGAGAGCAGCUCUACGGGUUUGAGCUGAACAGUACAGCAACUAUAAUUGCGACAUAUGGAUUCAAAACGACAAAGAUCUGGCAGAUAUCGUCUGGUGCUUGCAUUUCUCAGGUUAUGAACCCCCGGGCCAAACCCAUUCCCCUCAGCAUGCGCUUCGACUCAAAUGGGAGGAUACUGUUCCUCGGCUCGGCAGACAGCAAAUUGCGAUUCGCCAAAAUCACUGAGCCAAAGACAGAAUGGCAAAUUGUGGCAGACUUUGAAGAGGUGGAGCUCGAAGGGCACAUUCUGAACGAUUCAAACUACAUUGCACUGAACAGGGACUCCACCUUAAUUGCCCUUGCAUAUCGUGGACAUCCACUUUCUGCUUGGGAAGUUGACGGUCCAGUCCAUUUGGGUCAUUGUUGGCGCAAGUAUGAUAGCGGUAGUCGUGGUGAAGUGGUUGCAUCAUCAUGGCUACCUCAUACGCCAGAACUACUGGGUCUGUACAUCGAUGGCGCUGUUUUCAAAUGGGACCCUUAUGAGCUCGAGGUUGAUGAGCUUCAGAUUCAUGCAUCACGUCUGGCCGUUAGCAUCGAUGGCAAUUUGUUCUGCACAGGCGAUGGUGUGGGAAACGUGAAGGUACACACAACUGGGGAGUUCACCCUACUGUACCAGCUUGCUUCACCGGACACUGUGUUUAACCUGGCAUUUAGUCCUGAUUGCACCAGGAUAUAUGAUAUCAGAGGGUACUAUGGGAACGUUUGGGAACCUACUGCUCUGUUGAAACAUUCGAAAGCUUCCGUCGCAAGUCUGGACGGAGAUAGCGACAUGGCUAGUAUUGCCCCAACUCUGACUGGAAGCACAUACAAAAGGAUAGAAAGCGUCAAGACUCUUGCAUAUUCGCCAAUGAGCAAGCUGUACGCCAGGGUUGCCUCCGACGAUACCCUUGCCUUACAUGCCAUCUGCCGCGGAAAGCUGCAAGCAGUUGCGGCCAUUGAUGUCGAAUGGGACAUUCUGGCACUCUGCUGGAGUCCUGAUGGGCAAACCCUUUACACAUUUGAUGAAAACACGGCCAUUUCGAUUUAUUCAUUGAAGCAUUCCGACAGUGAUGCUGCAAAGUCGUCUGGCAAGACAUUCCAUCAUGUCCUAUGCAGUGACGCAGCGUUCGAGCUUGGCGAGGCGGCCGAAGGAGGGUUGGCUGGCAUUGCCGUCAAUGAGAAUGCAGAAAAGAUGAUAUUCCAGUCUGAACGCUCGAUUCUGAACAUUUCGCUUACUGACGGCAGCAUCAUGCACAAGCUGGACCUGACCGUUCCCGGCCAGCGUUGGAUAGUACACCCUAAACAUGGCAAGCUACUAUUGGGUAUCUCGAAUACUUCGAUACAUGUCGUCAACUGGGAGUUCAAAAUAGUUUUGAAAGCAAAGACAAAGCUCGCAGGCCCACGCUCGAAGUUGGGUGAUGUAGUUACUGAACUUGACUACGAUGAUGGUACACUGGAACGAGUUCUAGUUUCACCGGACAACGAAACAAUACUUCUUCAAGCGCGCUCAAAAUUCAAAACUGUGACUAUCUCACAUUUUAGUACAUCUUCUCUCGAUCAGCUAGUCGAGCUUGCACAAGGCGUCACAUCUCAAGCUGAAGUUGUCGGACCAAGCGCCACCUCCAAGGGGAUCGCUGCAGAUGCCAUACACAGUUCAAUCAUCGAGACAGACCUCGUCCCCGAGGAAGUGGCUUCGAAGGUUACUACUUGCAUAAGUAUGUUGGCAAGCAAGAAGGUCCUUGCCAUAUCGAGACAGUUCUCGGUUUGCACCAUCAAUCUACUGACGGGCACUGAGAAAGAGCACUUCUUUUUGCCAAGCGACUGGAUUAAUCCCGAGAACAUGGAAUUGGCGACGUUUUCGAGGGAAGAGAAGGUACUUCUAUAUCCAACAAAUGGAGAAAUUGCUGUUGUUUCCUGUCCUAAUGCCUGA